UUGCACAGCUACAUCCUUUCCCUCUCUUUACAUAGGAAAUCUACACAAUCCAGAGAAAAAAAAACUUUAAAAGCACACAAAUGGAGGCUGAAGAAAAUGGCUCUGUCCAGAUCCCCUCAGACCACAGAGGCUAACCCUGGACCGCUGCCUGUCUGACCCACUUGGAUUCGGAGAGCGGGGUAGACCAGCUGACGAGGAAAGAUGAUGGAGAAGUUCGAGUCUGGUCCCUCCGCGCGUCGUGAAGACGCUCACAGUCCCGUCAAGACCGAGCCGGGGCGUAUCAGCGACUCCCCAACUAACGAAGGAGAAGCUAAACAGGUCUCGGCCCGAGCUCCUGACUCUACCCCCGGGGACGGCACUCCGACAAACAAGCAAGGCAUGUCUGAGCCCGUUUCCACGGAAACCCCCUUGAGCUCCUCGGGAAGCCUACCAUUGGAGAUGCCCGUCAUCAGUCUGGGUCACAGUAAGUUCCCCCAGAGGAUGGAGAGCCCCCAGGUUAACGGGGGGACCAGGAUGGUGCAGACCACAGAGUUGACGACUUUACACCCCAUCCCGACCCUCGUCCAGUGCUCCGACAGCAGGAUGGUGCAGCUCUCUAACCACCCGGUGGGCUCCCUGCCAAUUCCCGGCUCUCUCCUGGCCACCCAGUACCACCCUCACAGCCUCAUCAACAGUGCGUAUAUCGGAGCAGCCAGCACUUUCGGUAUGUUCCCGGCGAACAGGAUCAAGAGAAGACUUUCGAGCCAUUAUGAAAUGGAGGUGCAUGAUGGGCCUCCCCAGAAAGUGGUGCGCCGGAUGUUCACCAACAGCCGAGAGCGCUGGAGGCAGCAGAAUGUCAACGGGGCAUUCUCGGAUCUGCGCAAGCUGAUCCCCACCCACCCCCCAGACAAGAAGCUCAGCAAGAACGAGAUCCUGCGGCUGGCCAUGAAGUACAUCAACUUCCUGGUCAAGCUGCUCGGGGACCAGGCGGUGCAGGAGGACCCUGAGCUGGGACUACGGCCUCCCCUCAGGACAAACGGCCUGUGUGGCUCCCACAGCCCGGACGCUUCCCGCCGGGGCACAGCGACAGACGCAGCGCCUGCUCCCUCAUCCCGAACUCUCCCCCAAAAGCUGGGCCUGGUGGCGAUGCCCACCCUGGCCCUGAAGAGGCAACUGUCGUCCGUCACCACCGCCUCACCUUCAUCCAGUUGCUACGGCGACGGAGGGAGCCCAAACACAGAGGAGGAGGAGGAGGAGGAUCGGGAACAUUUGAUAAAGACAGAGCCGGAAACGCAGGAACCGACCCUGGCUUCCGUGUUGGCCACAGCUCAUCGGUGAUGAACGGAAAUGAACCGCGGAAAGAGAGAGAGAGAGAGAGAAAGGGAACAUCACGCCCAGACUGUGAUCCCCUCCGCCAUUCUCUCAUUCCUGCUCCGACUGGGGUCAGAGAGUUGAACGAUUAACGCCAAGUUGUGGAAACCGGAAGCUAGUUUGAACUCCCACCCUGACCUGGUGCCUCAGUUAGUUCGAAGCCCAUCUCUGUCAGUCCAGGGGUCGGUUCUCUUCUGAGUGAACAAGCCAUUGACAGUCAGGUGGGCCCCACAGACAGGGGGGGUGCCACAUGGAGAAUGUUACACGGCGGUUUGAUUCCAAGACAACGCUGCGUGUUUUGUUGACAAAGUGUCUUCUGUGAAGGUGAAACCAUUUAGCCAAAAAGCUGAAAUGUUCCAGUGUGUCAGGAAGUGGUGUGUUGCCCUGUCCAUUAACACAUAGAGGAUAUUAGGUCAUUGCAAGUGUGAUAUUGGAGGAUGAGCCACCAAUACGUGAUUGUGUGAGGAGUGUCAUUGGUGGAUAACCUCAUUUGACUCCCCUCUCCCUGCACUUUGAGUUUCAGGAGGUAAUGUCCCUACCUCUGAGUCAGUAGCACUGGAUAUGACCGACUUAAUAAUGCGGCCAAUCAGGUAUAAAAGUUCAGGUGUUUCCUAUUGACAGCAGUAGCGGGUGCUAAGGGUCGGCCAGAAACUGAAGUCUCGAACAUCACCAUCUUGUUUAUAUAAAACAAAUUGCCAAAGCAACAUUUUGAAUGAACUGGGAGCAUACCACCUCCACCUCAGCCCAUCAAUAUUGGGGGGGGAGGGGGAGGGAGGGAAGGAAUUCCUCCACCCACCAUGAGAAAUGAUCCCCUCCUUCUCUCUGAAUGUACCUAAGGUGCAGUGCACUGAGAAAAUUUAACCCCGGGCUCACUUGUUGCCUCCUACAGUCAGUUGAAAAUGUGU